AUGUCGGACGACCCAUACCACCCAAAGGAAUUCUUCAACCGUGAGCUGCUAUGCAGCAUCUAUUUCGAUGAGAAAGAUGGGAGCAACAAGGAGAUGGACGAACUUGUCACCGAACGUCUCAAGCCGCUCUCGGCCAAGGCCAUGGAAGCCCUCAAGGUGGAAGUGGUAAAGGCUCUGCAGCUUGGCAAGGAUGUGACUUUCUGUGUCACAAUUGGUGGAAAGUAUUUCUGGGAUCGCGAUGAUUUCAAGGGUUGGGUAUCUAACUUUCUUGAUCAUGUUUCCUGCAAGCGCAUUGCGUCUUCUUCAAACAACGCCGUUGUCAUGAUGACAGAUGAAGACAUGGCUGUCACCAUCCUCCUCUUUGGCCACAACAAGCUUGACAUGCACAUUGCCAAACCCCCACGCACUUGCAGGCCCAUCAUCAAGGCCAAACGUAAGAAGCAAGAUGAAGAUGACGACGAUUUCGAGGAAGACCAGUACCUCUCACAGCAGGUCCAGCCUCUCCAGAAAUACGCCCGCGUGGCUGGAAAAGUUCGCAACUGCAAGUAG